CCAGUAUGGAAUCAUGCCUCUUACAGCUUUUUGCUUAACUAAGGUGUUCCAGCUCGGAGAAACAGUAUCUGUGGUAGUUCUGAUCUGUGGCUGCUGUCCCGGAGGAACUCUCUCCAACAUCUUCACUCUGGCUCUGCAGGGGGACAUGAACCUCAGUAUCGUGAUGACUUCCUGCUCAACAUUGCUGGCUCUGGGUAUGAUGCCUCUCCUGCUCUACCUCUACUGCCAGGGUUUGUCCAACAUACAGAGCACUGUGCCUUAUGUUGAAAUUAUUGUAUCGCUGGUCUUGAUCCUUGUGCCGUGUGGCAUCGGCAUCCUCAUCAACACUUACAGGCCGCAGUACUCAAAGAUCAUCACAAAGGUAGGCCUCUCUUUGAUGAUGGCUUUUACUCUGGUGAUCGCCAUCGUAACCGCCACAGUAAACAAAAGCGUUAUCCUGACUGUGGUGUCGCCUAUACUCUUGGCCAUCGCUGCCCUCAUGCCUUUGAUUGGCUACUCCUUUGGAUAUGUCAUCUCUGCGAUCUUCAGACUCAACCAGGCGGAGCGGAGGACCGUUUCUAUGGAAACAGGCUGUCAGAAUGUCCCGCUGUGCACCACCAUAUUGAAGAUAGCCUUCUCCCAGGAAGUGAUGGGCCCUCUGUUUCUGUUCCCAAUGGUCUACGGGUCUUUUCAGCUGUUGGAGGCGGUGACGCUCAUCGUGCUGUUUAGGUGCUACCAAAGAUUCACGAGAAAGGAGAAAGAGACUUACCAGCCGGGGGUCACUGGAGAGGAGCUGAAAGAGACUCCUAAGGGGACUGUAUGACAUCAGCUACCACCUAUAUUUUUCUGUUACUGUGAACUCUUACACCAGCUGACUAAAACAGAAAAAAAUGUACAACUUUAGGGCAUUUUUCUGAUUAUUUUAGU